AUGCCGGAGAUUCCUGAGUUAAAUAUUGACAAAUGGAUUGAGGAAUACGGGGUUUGUCGGCCCUCCCCAGAAGACUCGUAUGCAUCGGCACUCUCUUUAAAUGAGCUGCAGCAACUCGCUCCGAACACCACUCUCCUGGACCCAGGCCUGGCGCUCACUUAUGGCACAGCCUUGGGUUCCGUGCGUCUUAGAGAACGAAUUGCUAAGCUUCACUCCUCCCCCAACGUGAGACUGACCGCAGCCAAUGUUGUCAUCACUCCAGGUUCCAGCAUGGCCAACCACCUCGUGUUAGCCACACUCUGCGGCCCAAGUGACCAUAUAAUCUGUCAAUAUCCGACGUACGGACCUCUGUAUCUCUUGCCCAAACACAAUGGCGUUGACGUUAGCUUCUGGGGCUUGAAAGAGGCUGACGGGUGGUCUCUGGAUAUGGGGGAAUUGGCUGGUAUGAUUCAGCCCAAUACAAAGGUCAUUAUCAUUUGCAAUCCAAACAACCCGACUGGUACAGUCCUUCCUAGAGAUACACUGGAUCAGGUCAUAGCUCUUGCCCAAAAGCACAACAUUGUGGUCUUCUCCGACGAGGUUUUUAGCCCUCUCUUUCAUACAAACGACCGGGCCCCUCCUUUAGUCUCGAUAGGCUCUCCUGGUACUGUAUCGACUGGCUCUCUCUCGAAAGCUUACGCCUUACCUGGCAUCAGAAUUGGCUGGGUCAUAUCACAAGAUAAGGACAUCAUACACCGAGUUAGCGUUCUCAGAGACUACACUACCAUCAGUGUCUCACUGCUGGAUGACUCUGUUGCCUCUUUUGCAUUGAGCGAGGAGGUGCUACCCCGACUGAUGGAGCGCAACUUGAAACUCUGCGCCGAGAGUAUUACUUUGAUUGAUGAAUUCGUCAAACGUAAUUCUCAGAGGUGCCGCUGGACCAAGCCAAAAGGAUCGGGAGUAGCGUUCGUUCAGAUUCUGAACAAGGACAAGUCACCCUCGGAUGACUUGGACUUUAGCAAGAAGCUAGUUGAAGAGGCUGGCAUAGUUGUUUUACCUGGCUCAUAUUCCUUUGCUGAAGAGGGAGCAAACGACUUGAAGGGAUAUCUUAGAAUUGAGAUUGGUUCACCUGGACGACUGCGGGAGGCUUUGGUAGCAUUGGAGGAGUUUGUACAUAAGUACGAAUCUUUCUAA